AUGGCCCAGAACAAGAGAGCGGUGCAAAGGCGGAAGGAAGUUUGGCUCGAAGAAGUCGAGAAGAGCGUCCCGCGCCUGCAUAUCGGACGCGAUACGACCGGGAUUGCCGUGAAGCUCGAGAUGUUGAGAAUUGAGGAUAAUAACGCACCGGAAGUCGACAAGAACUUUACGUGGAAUAUGCGGACCAAGGGGACCAGUCGUAAAUGGAAACAGACGAGUGGUGCGCUGAAAAUCCGGUCAACCUGCACCAAGCUGUUGCCCUUCGCAGGCUACUUUCAACUUCUCUCCUUGCUCGACAGUGAGAGAUCGGGAGAUUCCAACGCAGAUUCGGAAGAGAAGCGGGCCGGAGACGUGGUGUUUGUUCGGGCCGGGAGCAAGGCGACGAGAUUGGGGGGAACCGACAAGGGGGUGUGUAUCCAGGUGAAGGAAGAAGUGGAGGGUGACUUCCUCCUUCGCCUUCGAGACAACGAUGUACCCGGGAAGUCACGACGAAAGCACUUCGAGAUGGGACGAGACUGA